UCUGUGAACUGUGGAAUUGUGCGGACUCUGUUGAUUCUUGUUCUUGUUGUAUAUUGUGUGUUUUGAAAGGAAUUAUAGUUGGAGUAACUGGAAAGUAUAAUAAUUAAACUAUUUAUUACAAUAUUUGACUAGGUUUUAGUUGAAUGAAUAUUAGGUAGUUUAUAUUAGUGCAAAUGAGUGAAAAUCCUAAAAUAAUUGUGCCAAAGGAAGAAGGCAAAGAAGAUUCCGAUGCCGAUGCUGAGGAAGAGGAUGAAAUAAUAGAAGAUGAACAGGAAGAUGAGGAUAUUGAGUUUUCCAGUGCAGAUGAAGAUUCUGAAAAAUUGGAAGAUGGGAGCAGUGAAAAAAAGUCAUAUGUUUGUGACCUCUGCCCGGGAAGUAUGUUCAGUCAUCAUAAUGGAUACUACAAUCAUUUGAAACGUAAACACAAUGUCGUUUGCUACUCGAAGGGGUCAAUAUCCUGCCGAGAAAAAGGCUGCACGUUCCGGUGCUCAAUGAGAGAAAAACUACAGUCUCAUCUCAUGCAUACUCACAAGAAACCUCUAGCAUUCUCUCAAUUGAAAUUCAGCUCUAUGAAAGAUUUUGAAGAAUGGAGAGAGGUUUUUGAGAAGCAGGAAAAAUGUAGAUUCGUGAAGAAGUCAGGAACACGCAUACGGCGCCAAACCGGCGAGAAACACACCUAUCUUUACUGCAGUCGGUCGGGUACAUUCGUCAGCAACAGCAAAGGAGUGCGCAAUCAGUUCAAGAAAGUGUCGUCCAAGAUCAGCAACUACUGCACUGCUUCCAUCGACUGCGUCGAACAGUUGGAUGGAACUGUGCUGGCCAAACUGUGUUCAACGCACUACGGCCACGAUCCUUCCGUCGAAUUCCUCAGACUGACAAAAGCCGACAAAGACAAUAUCGCCAGCCAGCUUGGCAAAGGCGUCUCACGUGAUAUAGUAUUGGACAAUAUAAGGGCUAGUGUAGGAGAAGACGUUGAUCGGAUACAUCUACUCACAAUGAAAGAUAUCAGGAACAUUGAGCGCUCGUACAAUAUCAAAGCAGAAAUUAAAAGUAGAGAAUUCAGCUGCGGAUUUGCCAGUGUCAACGAAUGGGUUCGAGAAAUGGAAUGUCUAGGUGAUGAAAGUCCCAUACUCUUCUACAAACCCAAGAAUCAAUCGAAGAUUGUUGCCGAAGGUGAACACUUUCUAGGAUUAGAUGAUUUCUGUGUGGUGCUAAUGACUAAGGGACAGCAGGACAUACUCCGCAAGUUUGGUCAAAAUGGAGUUUUCUACAUAACAUGGAUGAGUAUAAGUAAUGGUUAUGAUCUAUCUCUUCUAUCUCUAAUGGUAACUGACGAUUUGAAUGAGGCGUUCCCAGUUGCUUACAUGGUAUGCAGUGCAAUGUCUAAAAGCAUAGAAGUGCUUUUCUUUAAAAUAAUUAGGGACAAGAUGGGCACAUUAUGUGCACGAGCAAUAAUGACAGACGAUAGGAAAUCGUUGUUUGACGCAUGGGGAGAAGUGAUGGGCUUUGUUCCUUACUAUUUGCUAAGCAAUCGGUUUGUCGAUGCUGAUUGGAGAGACCGCUUGAUCACAGUUCCAAUGAGGACGUGCAGUGUGCUGUUUAUGAAGUACUUUACUCCUACCUAAGUGUAACUGACUCUUCCAAGUUCGAUGACAGUCUGAAUAAUUUUGUGAAACACUUAAAGGAAAGCCCUCAGACACAGAUGUUUGCUACAUAUUUUGAAGACAAUUACCUCCAUCGAGUGCGUCUUUGGGCAGGCUGCUACGACAAGAAGUCUGUAGGAGUCAAUGAACAUUUAAACCUCGAUGUAAUCUACAAUGAACUUGUAGCUGUUUGCAAUAGCAAAGGAAAGUAUUCUAAACUAUUAGAAAGAACACUGCAGGGACUUUUGAAGAUUGUUAGGGACAGACAGUACUAUAGAACUUCGAAAAUUUCCAGACAGGCUCAAGAGCUGGUACAACAUCACUCAGUAUCAAUGAAUUUGGAUCUGGAUGCUAUUCAGUGUAUGCAAAACAGGAAAUGGAAAGUAAAAUCGGAAAGCUCUAGGUUGAUCUUCGUAGUGACAAGGAAAACUUAUGAAUGCAAUCCCAAGUGUCCUUUAAUUUGUACUUCCUGCCACAUGUGUGCUCAUAUGUUCGAAUGUACUUGCAAGGUAUAUAAUUUUGACAGAACAAUGUGCAAACAUAUACAUGCUGUGGGGAGGUUAUUCAGGAAAAAUAUAAAAAUUAUGGAUAAUUUAGGGGGAUUAGACUUGGAAAAUAGUACUCUAGAUAAUAGUCUAUUAAAUUCAAGUAGUGAAUAUGAGAGUAAAAACAUAGCAAGAUUUGAGGACAAUAGCGAAUCGAAUGAAACUACAGCAAAUGCAGAUAAAAAUAAAGCUACACCCAUUCUGUUAGAACCGAUAGUUCCGAAACCUAUUCGUGAAAUGAGAACCAUAGUGUUACCUAAGAAAACGGAUGACAAAGAACAAAGCAACGAGGCUUCGGCCCUAGUGAACGAAUGUGAAGCACAAAACACCGCCACUGAUGGCACUCCAACCAAGCAAGCAGUUCCCUCACCCUCCCCCUCACCUUCUGAGGCUAGAAUAAAAACUAGGGCAUUAAAUUUAAUUCAUUGCAUAGAAAAACGAAUUCAAGCUUUGAACGACGAGACCAAAUUGAAAAACGUCUGCAAGGAAUUGAACUCUUUGAAACGUUUCCUGGAUUCUUCAGAGGCUGUUAUGGAUAAAGGAAAAGCUGUUGAAUUCACCAUCAAAAUUGUUGAUGGCAAUGAUACAGAAAAGCCACUCGGGAAACGAAAACUUAGCAAGAACAAAGGUUGUAAAAAAAAUCAGCCUUAUCCUGAAACUCAGAAAAAACAAGCUGGUAAACCAAAGAAAUCUAGCCUCAAUAAAAGUGUUAUUGAGAUUAAAGAUAGUAAUACACAUACCGUUGUCGCAGAAAUCCAUGAAGAACCAAAGCCGCACACGAAAACUGACCCAAUCCAAUUAUCAGAACAAUCUGGGUUGAAAAUUAAAGUGAAAAGAUUGGAUGGCUCUGUAUCCAAAGACCAUCAAAGUAAAUUAGCUAAAGCUGAUGAAAUAUUAGUAGAUGAAGGAUCUACUCCAAAUCUUAGACGAUCAAACCGAAAAAUAAAGAGGAAAAUUCCCCAUGAUGAUGUAACUGAUUCAUUGACACCUGUAGUCAAAACUAGGAGUCGAUCCACAAGUUUUCCAGAAAAAUUAGAACCAAGUCACAUAUCGCCGGAUAACUUGAAGAAUACUGGUGAAGACGACAUUGAAGUAGUUGAAGAAUCAACUAGCACUGCUCUAGAUUAAGAUAUUAUAAAUAUAUCAUUAAUCACUUACCAAGGUGAUCGAUUGCAAAUCUCAUUAAAUCACUCUUCAAAUCCCUUACUAUCAUUUAUGGUUUCAAUUUCAAUCAAUAUUUUUAAGAGAUAAAUUAUACAGUGCUUAACAAUUAACUCAACUAUUUUAGAUCAGUUAUGGAAAGGUAACAUGUAUGUUUGUUUUUGUGAAGGUAAAGGUUCUUGUAAUGUUUUGCAGCCUAGUUAUUGUUAUUCAGCUACAUUGAAAUCUUCUUAUCAGGAUUACAGCUUAAAUUAUCCAUGCUUAAAGAAAUAAAUGUUCUAUCUAAUUUUAUGUUAACUGGACUCAGUAUUCAUUUAUUAUAAUAUUAUUAAGGUAUAAGGUCAUUUCCAUAAUUAUAUACUUCACGAUUUUUCGUAUUUUUAUCUUGUCAAUGUUGAAAGUUAGUUUAUAUCAAUAAAAAAUUAAGAAGGUGCACAAAGUAAUAUGAAGUGAUAAAAAUAUAAGAUAUUAUAAUCAACAUAUUAAUCUGUUAUUACAUCUGGGCAAUAUAAUAGUCCUGAAACAAAUUUGACAUGGUAUUUUAGACAUUCUAUGAUUAGCUAUAAUUUUUAUUUUACAUUUUCUUUCACUCUUCUUCCAAGAUUUAGGAAAAUAUUGUAUAGCACAUUAAUUUUAUAUGAAACUCAUUGAAGAAAUUUUAUUAGAAUUACAUUGAACUUGUGCAAUAACUCGAUAAUCAGACAUUACAACAUAAUCUCAAGAGGUCUAUAAUUAUUAUCAAUGUCGAUGUAUUAGUUUUUGCCUAAGAGUCACACAAAGUGUUGAAAAGUAAUGCAUGAAUUCAAAUGUCUCAAAUGAUAGUGAGGCGGCGAAGUUGACAGUGAAGCGGAGACAUUUAGAUACAUUUAUUACUCCUCAACACUCUUAGCUACCUUCUUUGCCAAUCACAACCUUUGACGCUCCACUAUGUGAUUCCAUCUGUCGAAGAUCAGCUUAUGUCAAGGUAGCCCUAUGUUAAGAAUUAUUCAUCAUGAACGAUGAUGAGUUCAAUCAAAGUUAUUCCAAAUACAUACUUCCAUUUUCAUAAUUUAUUAUGAUACAUUUUAUUAAAAUUAGUCAUGUGAGCCAGUACCUUAAAUAUGAUUUUUUUCAUAUUUUUUAAAUUAUUAGACGCGUUGUAUUUUUUAUUGUUGAUUUUAUGUAGAUAGCCAGUCUACUUUUAAAUACUACUAGUGUAUUUAUUCUUCUACAAAAUUGUCAUGUUUAAAUUGAGCUGUAUAUUAGAUCUUGAUAUUAUGAUAAUGAUUAGUUUCUUCUCGAUUUGCGAAAUAAUAUAUUUAUCAAAAACUUCUAUAAGUAGAAAAUGUUGAGAAAGUGUAAAAAGAGUUUCAUCUUUUGAGGCUUGUGCACACCAAUAUAAUUCGUAUGACGGCGACGAUUUCAACUAUUUUUGAACAGGCGUUAGCGAGUUCUUAAUUUUUAAUUACUAAAUGUUAUACAAUAACUUUAGAAAGAAUUGAUCAAUCAGCUUCAAAUUUUGAACACGUAGGCCUAUUCUUAGAACCAUUUUACAGGUCAAGUUCGUUGGACAAAAAAUUGACUUACUCCUUCAUUUCAGGAUAAAAAAAUCAUUUAAAGUGCAUAAGAAAAAAAUUGUUAUGAUUUAUCCCAGCUAUGUUCUUCCAACCAGAUGGAAAUAUAAUAGUCCAGUGGUCGUUUUUCAGGAAACAGCCCCGAAAGAAUUUUUCUCGACGGUUCUAUAUGUAUUUUGGGGCGCUUAAUUCGAAUCUGGAAUUUGCUGACAAGCCAUAGGGCGGAUUCACCCCCACAAACUCCCUAUAAACGCUGUUUCUAUGCUGAGUCGCUUGAUUCUAGAAUUAGUUUUAUUCUUCUGGAAAUUUUGUCCGAGGACUAAAUAUAAUUUAUUUUAUUACAUUAUUUUAAAACUGAUCAUCAAGUUAGCCUACUUCUAUUUUUUGUAAUUAACGCAUUUUAAAUGUAUAAUUUGUUAAAACAAUAUUUUAUAAUCUGUUGUGCAUCAGAAUAUUACCGUAACGCAGGACUAAUUAUUAUAUUUGCCCCUGGCUCAAGUAUUGUAUUAUUCAUUUAUGAAGUCCCUUUAUAGGUUUGGUUAUGUUAUGUAUACUUUAUCAAUUUAUUUGGUAUAUAUUUUAUACAUUAUCAAUUCAUUUUCGAAUUAGUGUAUUUGGUAACUGUGUUGGUCACUAUUACUGUAAUUAAUCAUCUAUGAGAUUUAUUUACUAUGGGUUUGAAUCUGGUAGCCUAGCAGUCUGGAUUUUACUCCACAUUCCUCUGUGCCUCAAUUUUUAGAAAUAUUAAUGCUUGUAUGAAUUACGAAUGUUGUUGUAAAGAUGUUUUCUUGCGAAUAAAACGAAUGAAGUUAA